UCUCGUGCGCGCACGCGUCCGUGCAGCUUUUCAAGUUUGGCCGCGAUCGACACGUAGGCAAUACAAAUUAUUUCUUAUUCAAAUUAUACCCGGCCCUUUAGUCCACUUUCUAUGCACACUUGCCCCGUGGCAACCCCGCCGAACCGCGCAACGCUGUGAAGCCAAACAGACCUCACAUUACCGAGACAUAUGGUUUUAAAAGGAUGCAGUCAUUUUUGAAUUCACUUCGGUAAGACGAAAAUACAGUUAGUCAGAUGCAAAAUUUACAGCGCCGUCACAAGUUCCAUCAUCUCAUAUUUAAAAAUCAAAUGUCAAGAGAUAUCAGAGAGCCAUACGAGCAUUACAUCUUGACUGAGAACAGUUUACAUGGCGAGACCAUGUUUUAGGAUGUUGUUUAUUGGCCUGUGCUUUGGAAUUACAGGACUUCUGGUUUUAUGGACUUAUGUGGCAAGUAAAGAAGAGAAACAUCCUCCAACCAGCUUUUUGUCAGAACACUUUGCAAAACUUUACAACUCCAGAAACUCCUCCACCUCUCCUUCAGAUGUUCAGCUAGAAAUCAGUUCAGAAGACUCCGAGUCAAGUUCAAGUUCAUUUUACUCAGAAUUUGGAAUCAGUUCAGAAAGUUACUCCAGUUUACAGCAAACUCUUUACUGGGCUGGACCAGACAGAUCAAUUACAAAUGUGUCUAUGAGUACAAGUCCAGAUCACUCCACUUUCAUCAUUCAGAACCUGAAAGAAAGCUACCAAAUAGGGGAGGAGCUUUUUGUUAAUAUCCAUGCCAGGGACUUUAACAAUAAAUCUAAACGUUAUGGAGGGGAUUUCUUUCAAGCAAAGCUUUUUUCAUCCAAAAGUCCCAAAAAGGCCAGUGUGUAUGGGAAGGUGGUGGAUUUGCUCAACGGCUCCUACUCUGUGCGUUUUCUUCUGCCGUGGGUUGGAGAGGCACAGGUGGCUGUGCGUCUGAUCCACUCCAGUGAAGCUGUGCAGGUCCUCAAGCAUCUCAGAGCCACUGAUUCUGACAGAGUGCCUUUCCAUGGAUAUUUUGAAGGACCUGGACCAAAUGGGACCAGACUGAAAGAAAGAGUGUUGUGCAAUGUGAAGUCAGACAAGAAUGGACUGGAGAGGAUCAAAAAUGGAGAUUGUUGCUGUGAAUACAAAGAUUCUCGCACUGGAGAAGAAUGGCGCUGUCAGAGACCCAAAUCACUGCCAUGCAGCGCUCGUGUCUAUCACUCUAUUGGAGGAUAUAUCAACUACAUGACUGCUGAAGAAGAAAUGUUUUUGAAUCCAAGCAACAAGGGUAUCAAUGAACUAAAAAAAACAACAAUCAAGAUUCUUCCCUCUAACGGAAGUACAAACAUUGAUGUAACACAGAAAUGUCGCCCUGGUUUGCACACACCAGUUCCUGCUGGCUUUUACCUGAAUGAUGUUUGGACAUCUUUUGUGUGUAGCACCCGUCAUUUUACUACCCAAACAACAAUACAGUGCUUGAAAGACAAACACAUCUACUUGAUGGGAGACUCUACCUUGAGACAGUGGUUUGAGUUACUGCUGAAAGUUAUACCAACCUUGAAGGAGAUAAACCUGCAUGUUCUACAACCGGCAGGUCCUCAUUUAGCAGUGGAUGUUAAGAACAACAUUGAUGUUCACUGGAGGCACCACGGUCUUCCUGUCCGCUGUCAGAAAACUGAACUUACUAAUCUGCACUACAUCAGUAAUCAGAUUGAUGAUCUCAAUGGAGGACCUCAUUCUGUGUUUGUUAUUCACCUGGGGAUCCACUUUGCAACAUUUCCUCUAGAUUACUUCACCAAAAGAGUGCUGAGGACCCGCAAAGCUGUGCUAGAUUUGUUACAGCGCGCACCAGCAACUACCGUUGUAAUCAAGACGGCCAACACUGGCUAUAAGGAUGUGUUUGGCAGUGACUGGUAUGUCCAGCAGUUGGACACAAUUCUACGGUGGGCUUUUCAGGAUAUUGGUGUUUAUAUUAUAGAUGUGUGGCAAAUGACAGCCUGUCACUACAACAAAGAGAACAUUCAUCCACGUGAAGUUAUCCUCAAAAAUGAGGUUGACAUUUUGCUAUCUUUUAUUUGUCCUGCAUAAAAUAACAUAAUACCUGUAUUGUACUUUAUUUUGUUAAAUGUGAAAAACCCUGGCAGGAAAAAUCGACAGCAAUCAGGUAAACUUGUGUUCUCUUCAAGUUUGAUGUCAUGUCAGCAAGAGCAAACAGUAAAGUUAAGUUGAUGUGA